CGGCGCGAAGACAGGCGGCAGCUGGCGCGACGGGACUGGACGGGUUCCUGGCUUGGGGGAGAAGGAGGGAAGGAGGGAGCUCGCCCGCGGUCUUAGCGGGCCAGAGAUCGCGCGCUCGCUCUCUCUGUCCCGUCCCGUGCGAGAGCCUCGGGGCUGCUCAGAGUCCAACCUGGGCGAGCAGAAGCAACCAUUCCUCCCCUCGGCGGUGCUUUCUUGGCAAGGCCACGCUCGCUGCGCUCCAGCAGAAGAGCCGCUCGGAUUUGGAUCAGACAGCUCCAGAGGAGGGGGAUUCCCCCCGCCUCUUGCCUGCUGAAAACCGACCAGCGAAGCCUCCCCCGCUUUGACCUUCCAAACGCCGCCUUUCUCUCCGUCUCCCCCUCCUUCCUCCUGUGAGGGGUGAGGGUCUUCUCCGUCCGCCGCCGCCCCUCCGCUCUCUUGGCUCUGCUGGUGGAUGCUGCAGACCCCGGAGCCCCAAGAGGCCGACGGAGAGCCAGAAGAACACCUCGGUGCUUGAAGAAACUUGAGAAUCACCAUGGGGAAUCAUGUUGGAAAACGUGAUCAGAGUGCUGAUAAGCUGAAGAACGUUGAAUCGCAAGUGGAAGAAGUUGAAAAUAAAGCAAGUCCUAAAGCGGUGAAACUAGUCCAGCAGCCUUCAGAAGACAAUGAAGUGUUUGGAGAGGCAGAUGUGAACCAGAACAAUGGGACCUCCACUAAGCGCACAGCGGUGACAGACUCCAAGAGCACAGCAGACCCAAAGAAUGCCUGGAAGGAGACCAACCCAGCUGACACGACUGGUCGCCCCCAUUUGGUCCGCCUCUUUUCCCGAGAUGCCCCAGGGAGAGAAGACAACACCUUCAAAGAUCGGCCCUCCGAAUCAGAUGAGCUACAGACCAUUCAGGAAGACAGUGCAGCAGCUUCUGAGAAUUCGGAUUUGAUGGCUUCACAGAAACGCUCCUCUUUCCGGCAUGGAUCCAAACUUGCAACUGCAAGCACCAUAGACCAUGCUAGACAUGGAUCCCCAAGAAGAUAUAGGGAACCAGGUCUACUUGACUCAUUGGGCAGAUUCUUUGGAGGUGACAAACAUGUCCCCAGGAGGGGCAAGGACUAUCAUCAUGCUGCCAGAGUAAGCCACGUAAGUUCCCUGCCUCAUCCGAGGUCUCAGCAUGGACGGUACGUGGAUGACAACCCAGUGGUCCAUUUCUUCAAGAACAUUGUGUCACCAAGGACACCUCCUCCAAUGCAGGCAAAGGGGAGAGGAUUAUCCUUCAGCAGAUUUAGCUGGGGCGGUGAAACUCCAAAGCAUGGAUAUGGAAGCAGCAAAUUCUAUGAGCAUAAAUAUGCUCAUAAGGGACACAAGGGAUACCACCAUGAUGGCCAGGGCACACUGUCUAAAAUCUUUAAACUGGGAGGAUCUGGUUCCCGACCUGGUUCCCGGUCUGGCUCUCCUGUUGCGAGGCGCUGAAGCUCUAAGAUGUCAUGGAAGGGCCAUGUUCUCUGCUUCAUAACACAGCUGCCUUCAAGAUUUAAUAACCUAUUGCAGGAUUCCCUAGAUAGAAACACAAUCUAUUUGUUAAUGUCCAUUAAGUUGUGUAUGCAAUAGAAAUAUACAAAAUUCUAUUGGCAAAUGCUGACCAAAAGUUGAACAAAAAAACAAAACAAAACUCCCUCCCAGGCUUGAAAUGUAGUUUUUACUUGCUGUCAGCAAUAUUUGAGGGAAAGUAAUGGAAUUCCCCCAUAUUACUCAGUCUUCUUCAAGGUGUUCCCAAAGAAUAUAGGGCUUUAGAUUUCCAAGUGCGUACAACAUUAAGUCAUUGUCAGGUAUCUUUUCCCCCUCACUAAAUCCUAAGUAACAACCUAAAAUGCAAUUGUCUACAUUUUUGAGCACUGCCAUUAAUGAAUCAUCAAAACCCUUGCUGUAACCAAACAACCGACAAAUAAAAACAUGUGCAGAAGUUGUAAGGACUGUUUAUCCAAACUUUUUAUUUGAUUUGGUUUUGAUUUGGGUCAUUUGUUGGGUUUUUUUUAGUACCCCUUUCUCUCACAGAAUUUUUUUUUUAAUUUCCUAACAGGAUUAGCAGUCAUAGAAAGGUAUAUUAAACUGGGAGAUCAAGGUAUGUGAGAUGUGGAAGAAGGCAGCUGUUACUGUUUCAUUGAGAUAGAGCAAUGUUACUAAGGAAUUAUGGACAUUCUAAGGAAAUGCUUUGUGCAUGACCAAUUGCUCGUCACACCCAACACAUUAGGAAAUGAGUGGCUGGGAGAGAGAAAAGAGGAUAUCAAAUUGAAUUAGACUAGUUUUACAACAGAAAAUGAGGGAUAAUCCCCAAGAAGUGAAAACCUAGUUUUGCACAUAUGGAUGAUGGGAUGUCCCUGCAACUCUACACAGGCACUUGCUGCAAAAAUUCCUUUUGCAGCUAAAUUUUUUAAAAGUCUAAUUUCUGAAUGAGAGAAAGCCCUUUAGAAAGGAAAUUUCAGAGAGUACUGCACAUCUAAAGUUUGCAUUUCUUGCUGUCCUCUUAUUAGUGCAGUGAGUUUAAAUAUGCAGUGCAUCAGAGUAAAUGACGCUUUACAUGUAUCUAAAAUAUGGUAGAUAUAUAUUAAAACUAAUGAAUUAGAACUAGACAUUAACAGUUGACAUAUAUACUAAGGUAUACACAUGUGGAAAUGGGACUCCCAAACCACAUAAAGAAAAAUGCUCUUCUGAAUUGCACUGUUUUAUAACCUUCAACUUAUUCUUUCUCCUCCCUUUACUCAUUCAAUGUUUUAUUUGAGCUUAUACUUUGUAGACACUAUAUUUAAGACUAAGUUGGUACCUACUCUUAGUUAAUCUAAUGCAUAUCAUGGGUUAUCAGUGUUAAUGCCAACUGAUAUAUAGUGGAUGUUGUUGUUAGUGAUAAAUUUAUUGUAGGUUUAAAACAACAUUCUUAAUAUGCAGCAAUGAAUGAUGAGAGGGUAGAAAAACACAGACACUAAAUGAGACAGAACACCAAAAGCACAGACACCUAUUACAUCUUCUUUUAAGCUAUGUUGUUGGCUAUGUGUAUCUUCCUAUGUGUAGCCUCAUCCAGUUGUGUACUCCACAACAUAAUAGUAAAGUUCACUUAAGUGUAUUGUUCUUAAAAGUGUAUGAAUACAACUCCUUAAAAAAUCGUUAUUGAAAUAAAAUACUCAACUUUUAAUGAAA